CCCCUCUACCCAUCGACCAUCACCAUUCCCAUCCACACCAAUCCAGCCAAUCAGACUUCUUCGUCACCUCCUCCUCCUCUCGAGUUCCUGCCAUCCUUCCCCACUCUCACUAGCUAGCCAGAGCUGCACAACCCGCGAAGAAGAUGAGGUCGUCGUUGGCAAUCGCCAUUGCGGCGGUGGCCUGCCUGGCGUUGGCGGCGGAGGCGGCCGGCAACUUCUACCAGGACACGGAGAUGACGUGGGGGGGCGGCCGCGGCAAGGUCGUUGACGGCGGGCGCGGGCUGGACCUCACCCUCGACCGGACCUCCGGCUCCGGGUUCCAGUCGAGGAGCGAGUACCUCUUCGGCAAGAUCGACAUGCAGAUCAAGCUGGUGCCGGGGAACUCCGCGGGCACCGUCACCACCUUCUACCUGUCGUCGCAGGGGAGCACCCACGACGAGAUCGACUUCGAGUUCCUGGGCAACGAGACGGGGGAGCCUUACACGCUGCACACCAACGUGUUCACGCAGGGGCAGGGGCAGCGGGAGCAGCAGUUCCGCCUCUGGUUCGACCCCACCACCUCGUUCCACACCUACUCCAUCGUCUGGAACCCGCAGCACGUCAUCUUCGCGGUGGACGGGACGCCGAUCCGGGACUUCAAGAACCACGAGGCCCGCGGCGUGGCGUUCCCCAAGUCGCAGCCGAUGCGGCUGUACGCGAGCCUGUGGAACGCCGACGACUGGGCCACGCAGGGCGGGCGCGUGAAGGCGGACUGGUCCCACGCGCCCUUCGUCGCCUCCUUCAGGGGCUUCAGCGCCGACGCCUGCGUCUGGGCCAACGGCAGGCAGCAGUGCCCCGUCGGCACCAUGGAGACCGCCGCCGUCGCGGGACGCCGAGGCGGGCGCAGCUGGUGGAACCAGCAACUCAGCGACAUGAGCUACCGCCGCAUGCGGUGGGUGCAGAGGAAGUUCAUGAUCUACAACUACUGCACCGACGCCAAGCGAUUCCCGCAGGGUGUCCCCGCGGAGUGCCACCUCCGGUGAGCGGCGGAUCCACCGGCCGGCCGUGCACGUACGAUUCCUCGUCGUUCCAAAACCAUCAGUGACGAAACCAGACAUCGAUCGAUCAUCGAUGGAUCGAAGAAGAAUAAGGAACGUUUUGCAGCAGGGGGUGGUGGAGAUGUAAUGAUGUAAAUGUAGCGCGCGUAUCGCAUUCUUUGAUUUGUUUCUGUAACACCAGAUGUACACCUAUGAUCAGUGAUCAAGUUUCUUCCAGCAUAAAUAAUCUGUCAGCGUCUGGAUCA